GGUUCAUUCCUGUCUACGACAACGAGCUGCGGCACGGCUGAUGCAAACUUGCCCAUCGGUGUGUGUCUGACACGCGUCUUCAUCGCCUCGCACUUCUGCGUUUGACAUCUCCGGCGGUCAGCUCUGUUGAAAUGGCGGAAGAGCUAGGGACAGGUGUGAAACAAGUCUCUAUGGGUGAGCUCUAUGUUUCGGACAAAUGUGGCAACGACCAGGAUGGAGAUGGCUCGGAACAAAAACCCUUCAAAACUGCUCUUAAGGCCCUGCUGUUUUUUGGAAAAGAGCCUUUCCCAACCAUCUAUGUGGACUCCCAGAAAGAGGGCGAGCGUUGGGCUGUAAUCUCCAAGACUCAGAUGAAGAACGUGAAGAAGGCCUUUAACCGAGAGCAGAUGAAGAACGAUGCCAAGGACAAGAAAGAGGCUGAAGACAAUGAAAGGAGGGAAAAAAACCUGGAGGAAGCCAAGAAAAUAAUGAUUGAGAUGGAUCCUAGCCUGCCUGAUCCUGAGACGGUGAAAAUCCAUCUUCUGGAGGCAAAGAGAGGUCAGAGAGUGAAGGUGUUUGGUUGGGUCCACCGAUUGAGGAGGCAGGGGAAAAACCUGAUGUUCAUCGUGCUGAGAGAUGGAACUGGUUUCCUCCAGUGUGUCCUGUCUGAUAAGCUGUGCCAGUGCUACAAUGGCGUGAUUCUGUCCACUGAAAGUACAGUUGCUCUGUAUGGGACUGUGACUCCAGUCCCUGAAGGAAAAUCGGCGCCGGGAGGUCAUGAGCUCCACUGUGACUUCUGGGAACUGAUUGGUUUGGCCCCUGCUGGCGGCGCUGACAACCUUCUGAACGAAGAGUCCGAUGUUGACGUCCAGCUGAACAACCGACACAUGAUGAUCAGAGGGGAGAACGUCUCCAAGAUCCUCCGAGUCCGAUCUACUGUCACUCAGUGCUUCAGAGACCACUUCUUCAGCCGCGCCUACUACGAGAUCACUCCCCCCACGAUGGUGCAGACUCAGGUGGAGGGUGGCUCCACACUCUUUAGUUUCAACUAUUUUGGCGAAGACGCAUACCUGACGCAGUCGUCCCAGCUCUACCUGGAGACAUGCAUACCUGCGCUGGGCGACAGCUUCUGCAUCGCCCAGUCCUACCGGGCUGAGCAGUCUCGCACUCGCAGACACCUGGCUGAGUACACUCACAUCGAGGCUGAGUGUCCUUUCAUCACCUUCGAGGAUCUCCUCAACCGCCUGGAGGACCUUGUUUGUGACGUGGUGGACCGAGUCUUGAAAUCACCAGCUGCUCAACUGCUCUACGACAUCAACCCUGACUUCAAACCUCCCAAGAGACCUUUCAAGAGGAUGAACUACACUGAAGCCAUCGAGUGGCUCAGAGAACACGACAUCAAGAAGGAAGAUGGCACCUACUAUGAGUUUGGAGAGGACAUCCCAGAGGCUCCAGAGCGAUUGAUGACAGACUCCAUCAACGAGACAAUCCUGCUUUGUCGCUUCCCAGCUGAGAUCAAGUCGUUCUACAUGCAGCGCUGCCCUGAAGAUCGACGCCUCACAGAGUCGGUGGAUGUGUUGAUGCCAAAUGUUGGAGAAAUUGUCGGAGGAUCAAUGCGUAUCUGGGAUCCUGAGGAGCUGCUGGAGGGAUACAAGAGGGAGGGUAUUGACCCAACCCCCUACUACUGGUAUACAGACCAGAGGAAGUAUGGUUCAUGUCCCCAUGGUGGUUAUGGCUUGGGACUGGAGCGUUUCCUCACCUGGCUGCUGAACAGACAUCACAUUAGAGAUGUCUGCCUGUACCCACGGUUCAUCCAGCGUUGCCGGCCAUAAGCAAGGCUUAAUAUUCUUGUCCUGAACAACCACAUUCUCUGGCCCAGUGUCACUGUUGUUUCAUCAUGUUAUCUAAGUAUGAGGCGGGAAAUCGACCACAAGAGCUUAACUUGUAUCUCGUGUUUCUUGUGUCUGCUGCUGUCUAAAAGCGCUGCACUCAAAUAAACCUGGACACGUACACACAA